GCGCAACCAGUUUGCAGGCGGCCACUGCACGUGCGCGCCCGCGCUUUUCAGUCGAGACGAGGCACUGGGGCGUCGCGCCAUUAGUUGGGCACGUUGUCAAAAGGCUUGUUGCGCGAAGUUGCGUUUCCACAAUGGCAAAAGUAGCCCCGCCGAAGCGAAAGCGCGGUCCGAAGUACUGCUGUGUCGUGGGCUGCCACAACAGUGCAGACAACACCAAGGAACGCGCUGAUCCUGUGAAACUGUAUCGAUUCCCGGGCAGAUCGUAUGAGAAAGAAAGGCGACAAGCGUGGAUCACCGCCGUAAGGAGAAUCAAUCCCGAUGGAACUUCGUGGUUGCCCAAAGAGCAUACACGAAUUUGCAGCACUCAUUUCGUGGGCAACUGCAAGAGCGACAUUAAACAGCACCCAUCCUACAUCCCGUCCAUUUUUCCGCCUGUCUACAGAAAAAAGGCACCUGACAGGAACAGGGCGCAAAGGUGGCAAACACGUUUCGACCGGGCAGUCACAUCUCGGAAGCGUCAUGCAGGAGAUGAGGAUCCAUCCCAAAGCACAGCUGAUGGAGCAACAACAAUGCAGGAUUCAGAAACCUCCAUUCUGGAUGAUGUGCCUCCUAUAACGGAUUUUAGUGAUGCAUCUGUGGAAACAUGCUCAGCUAGUCAUUCGCAUAACGGCAUCGCUGAUUCAGAUUCGUUGGUGCAUGAUGCAGCAGAAGAAAGUAAUUGUGCUCGAAAAAAAGACGCUACAUGCCAAACAGAGGAAUUCACGACUCCAGCAAGGCUGUCUAUACUUCUCUCGGCGACAAAUGGAACGGAGGCGUCUACUCAAGUUGUGCACACAGAAAUGAGUCACAAGGUUGCAAGCACGGAUGGGAAUUGGAAGCGAGACUGGAUUUCGGGGCUUUGAGUCUCUAAAGGAAAAGCAAGAGGCACUGCAAGAUUUGUGUGAUGUGACCCUGCAAGUCUUCUGCCUUCUCUUGAACAUGUUUCCAUCACCAAGGUACAGGUGCAAUGCAAUGUCAAAUGAAGACAAGCUGUGCUUGUUCCUGGCCAAGCUGCGUCUUGGGAUGAAGCAGUGCUGAAGCCAUGCUCAUUAAA